GUUGCUGCGUUGCAGUCGUCAUUUCGCCUUCAAAUGUCAAUUCCAAGUUAGAUCUCGCACAAAUCUCUUGUAGUCCUACAUAUUUGAAAUUUCUUCAAGAUUUUGUGAUUUUUCUGUAAACUGCACAAAAAAUGAAUAACUCACGUCAAUUUGGUGGUAGUCCGUAUAGUAAUAAUAAUUCGGAAAUCAUGUGCCGAAUUUGCCAUGAGGGCGAAAACAAGGAAGAACUUUUCUCUUUCUGUAAAUGCUCAGGAACAGUGGCAAUGGCCCAUCGUUCAUGUCUAGAAAAGUGGCUGUCCACUGCUAACUCAUCAGCAUGUGAAAUAUGCAAAUUCAAUUUUCAGACUUCACGCAGACCAAGGCCCAUUCUUGAUUGGUUUCGUAAUACUGAGUCAUCUCAAGACACAAACAACUUGAUUGGAGACUUGGUGUGCUUCAUUGUUCUCACACCUCUUACAAUUGUCUCAUCCUACCUGUGUGUGGUUGGAGCUUCCCAUUACAUGGUAAAGAGAGGUGUCAGCUGGGAAGCCUCAGGUUUGAUUGUUCUUUCAGUUAUUUUGGCAACUGUUUAUUGUGUUUGGCUUGGAGCCACUAUCAGGCAUCAUGUUCGCACAAUGAAAAAAUGGCAAGAGAGCCAUCAGUCUGUUGAGCUAAUUUCGGUGAGAAACACAAUCAUCAAUUUGGAAGAAAACAAUAACGACAGCACGAGCAGCACGCAAGCCGAUGUGCAGCCAAAUUAGCAAUUCCACUUUAGUCAAAGGAUCUACAUUCUGAAAGAUCUCUAAAAAAAAAAAAAAAAAAAAGAAACCUUACACGCCAAACUGUUGAGUCUCACUGAAAAUGCCUUCUACCUUGUUCAGAUUUUAUUUUGGAUUUUAUUUUGAUAAUAAUACUCAGUUUGCAAGAUGUUCAUAUUUUUGUAACAUGUCAGUUGUGAUACUGUAAAUACUCCAGGAAAGUAUUGGAUCACUAUUUGUUCAAUUUUGUAUUGAUAAAAAAAAAUGAUUUACACGCGUUUCUUGAAAGAUGAAAAUAAAUAACUUAAAAGCAAA